AGCCCGUGGAGGAUGAUCAGCAGGUUCUCAUCCGUCCCAUCGUCGCUCUCGUAGUACGCAAAAGGCACCGGGACCUUGCUCUUGGACGGCUUGGGCUUGACCUUGGGGGACGUAUCACUGGUUUCCGCGAGGUGGAUGUCGGUGGACAUGAUGACGAUCGUCGAGGACAAGCAGGUGGGCGCUUAUCCGGGCUGGUCGGCCCGCGCGCCGUGAUCAGCGCGUGACCGGACCUGUUCCUCCUCCCCCACACCAUCUCCGCAGCUCCGCCCCGCAGACCCCGCAUGCCAUUCAGUCGCCCACUUAUCGCAGGCGCUGAGUGAGACCCGCUUGACGCGUCGGACGCGCCCUGGACGCGCUGCGUUAUGCAGGCUGACGUGAUGCAUGUUUAAUGGACGGGUAGAGGGGGGCUUACCGCUCAUCGGACGCGAGCCACCUUCCUUUCCUCCGCCCACCAUCAUGAGCACGUACGAGACGGAGAAGGAGAAGGCAUCGUACCACGAGGACGCCUCGCCGGGGCGCGUCGAGCAGGCCUUCCAGCACGACGACUUCGAUCCGGUCGAGCAUAAGCGCAUCCUCCGCAAGAUCGACUGGCAUCUGCUCCCCUUCGUGUCGUUGCUCUACCUGCUGUCCUUUUUGGACCGCAGUAACAUUGGGAAUGCGAAGGUCGCGGGGAUGGCGGUGGACGCGCAUCUGGAUGGUCUGAAGUACAACACGGUUGCGGCGGUCUUCUUCAUCCCCUAUGCGUUAGCGGAAGUACCAUCCAACAUUCUACUCAAACUAGCACGUCCUUCACGAUGGAUCCCCUCCAUUAUGGUCGCCUGGGGCAUCGUCAUGACGCUCAUGUGCUUAUGUGACACCUAUCACGACCUCAUCAUUGCUCGAAUCUUCCUAGGCCUUACCGAGGCGGGUUUGUUCCCCGGAGUUACCUUUUACCUCUCCCUGUGGUACCGCCGGCGCGAGGUCUCCUCCCGCAUUGCCAUCUUCUUUUCUGCGGCUACCGUCGCCGGAGCGUUUGGUGGCAUCCUUGCCUUCGGAAUCGAAAAGAUGGAGGGCAUCGCGGGGCUACAUGGCUGGCAGUGGAUUUUCUGCCUCGAGGGCAUCCUGACCGUCAUCUGCGCCGUGGCCGCGUACUUCUUCAUGCAUGAUUACCCCGGAACCGCGACCUUCCUCACCGCUGAGGAGCGCGCACACGUCGUGAAGAUCCUGCGUGCGGACGCGAAGGGCCUGGCGACGCACUACGACUUCAAGUUCGUGCUGCAGGCGCUGUUUGAUUAUAAGAGCUGGGUGCAGGUGGGGGUGUAUAUGGGAAACCUCAUCACCGUCUAUGCCAUCUCGCUCUUCCUGCCGACCAUCAUCGCGGAGCUUGGAUACGCGAAUGCGGAGGCGCAGUUGUUGACGAUUCCGCCGUUCGUGCUGGGUUGCAUAACCACCAUCAUCGUCGGCAUCGUCUCUGACCGCAUGAACCUCCGCGGGCCCUUCAUCAUCGGCGGCUCCUUCGUCGCCAUCAUCGGCUACAUCGUCCUCUACACACAGUCCAAGCCCGGCCCGAGCUACGUCGGCACGUUCCUCGCCGCCGCGGGCGUCUUCCCGACCAUCGCGGUCAACCUGGCGUGGGCGGGUAGCAUGGCGGGCGGGGAUAUCAGGAAGGGCGUGGUCAUUGCGAUGGUUAUUGGGAUUGGGAAUCUGGGCGGGAUUUGCUCGUCGUUCAUCUACAUCACCCCACCGCGCUUCCACACCGGGCACGGGACAAUCCUCGGCUGGCUCGGGCUCAGCAUCCUGUGCACCGCAUUCGCGAUGUGGGACUACCGGCGGCUGAACCGCGCGAAGGAGGCGCGGUGUAAGGCGGAGGGCAUCGACGAGAGCCGGUGGGAGGAGUUUGUGGAGAUGGGGAGCGAGAGCCCGUUGUUUAGGUAUACAUUGUGAGGGAGGUGGUACUAGUUCACCCCAGGGCUGAGGGUUUGAACACGAGGGGGGCAGGGAGAGGGAGAGGGAGGAGAAGCGGGGAGGAGUAGGAGACACGUGAAGGAUGACUUGUACUACUACAUCGGGUGUAGCUAUACGAUCUAGGUGAGAAGGAGAUAUUGGUGCCCACCAAUGCUUCGGCGGCAUUUGCCGAAAGCAUCAUGCUUAGCCAAACAUGGC